AUGAGAUCUGAUGGAGAUAUUAACAGUGGUUUAAAAAUUCUGGAGAUUCAGUAUCAAAUACCCACUUCAUAUGGCAAGGCCACCUUGCAGGCUGUUCGCGAUAUAACCAGAACAUCUGAAUUACCUCCGUCCCUGUUAGAAGGCAGAGAAGAUUUGACAGACUCACUGUCUGUAUUCACGAUCGAUCCUGAAGGUUCAAAAGAUCUCGACGAUGCUCUCAGUUUGCGAAGAAUUGAGAACGGGUAUGUUGAGGUCGGUAUCCAUAUAGCAGACGUGGCAAGCUUUGUGCGAAAGGGUGACAAAAUAGACAACGAAGCAAGGCAAAGAGCUACAACUUAUUACCCUGGUAAUGGAAAACGUCCACAUCAUAUGCUCCCAGCGCCUCUUAGUGAGGACUGUUGCAGCUUGCUUCCAAAUAAGAAGAGACUUGCUUUGUCCAUAUUUUUCCGGUUCUCAAUUAACAGGAAGUUAAAUAUCGAAAGCCAUGUUAUCAAAAAAACGGUUGUGAAAUCAAGACGCCAGUUCACAUAUGCCGAGGUACAAGAUAUAAUACUAGAUCGUACAAAAGACGAAACGUUUUCAGAGGACAUCAAAAUGUUAUUUAGCAUAGCAAGAAGAAUUCGCUGCAGUAGACUUGGUGAAGCCAUACAUUCACUUCCAACAGACUUUGACCUAUCCGGGAAUAUAGACAGCGAUUCCCUUUUUGAAUCACCAGAAGCACACUAUCUGGUUGAAGAAUUCAUGAUUUUGUCAAACAAAACAGUGGCAGAGUUCGUGUGUAAAACUUACAAAAACUGUGCAAUAUUGAGAUGUCAAGAUGCACCACCACCAGAAAAAAUAAAUCAAUGGCUGAAACAAUUUCCACGCAUUGCUGACAUUAUACUGAAACUACAGAACAUCAAACCAAGUCCGAGUAGACAAUUGAAAAUCGAAAAUGCGCCUUCAGCGACACAUAAAAUGGUGAUUGGUCUACAGGCAUGGCUUUGGAAACUUUUAGAAGAGAAAGUUAGAGAAGGACAUUAUCGGGAUGCUUGGAAACUCAUUGGUAGCGAUGAACUGCACCCAGAACAGGCUUUGGCUUGGUCAGAGUGGAUACAGUUCCAGGAAAAAGCAGAAUACAGGUGUUCUGGGGAAGUGCAGAGCCAGCAGAAGUUAUUUCACUUUUCUCUUGGCAUAUCUCCCUACACACAAUUCACAUCCCCUAUCCGAAGAUAUGGUGAUUUGGUUACUCAUCGCUUGACGCAUGCAGCACUUGACAAACAGGUUUCACCAUACACAACUUCUGAUAUCGCUGAAAUAUGCAGUAAAAUCAAUGAUGUUUCAAGACGAGCAAAGAUUUAUGGAAAAGAAUGUAAAAUUCUACAACACGGUCAAUUUCUGAAAGACAAUCCCCUAAAAUUCAACUGUUUCAUUGAUGACAUGUCCGAUCAAGGUUUUACUUUCCAUGUGCCAGGGAUGCGUCUUUUGCCUGGUCGGUGUAGAGAAGUUGCACUUAAUUUACUGAAUGCAUCAUGUCAACCAACUAUGAUGAAGGACAAAGACAAUGAUAGACCAUUUAACAUCCUUACCAUGACUUGGCAAAAAAGAUUGUACUCCCACAAAGGCUUUGCUUCAUUUAGUAUCGGACAUUCUAGAGGUUGUACCGAAACACGUAUCGAUCCACAUCAAAGGACUACAUUUCUGCAAUAUUCCCGUUGGACAGAUGUCCUUAAAACUUUGGUAACAGGGGACACUGAAUUGCUGAGAAAUACGUUGUCUCCACACGCCGAUUUCUUAGAAGCAGACCAGUUGAGAUCAUUUGUCCCGGCUUGUACAUCGACUGUUAAAGACGUGAGUUCAGAAGUCAGGGAAGGUGUAAUCACCAGGCAUUUAUGUGAAUUUAGCAUGUCCUUCAACCAUGCACAGGUAAUGUCAGUGCAGAUCGGCUCAGAACCCCAUAAAGGCAUUCUCUUGCCGUACCCGCAGUUGUUGGACCUAACAGACAAUGUUAAAUGUUGUCUGCAGCAUAUGCAGGAUCCCGUGAAAUACUUGGCUGCAUACGCAACAAAAGCUGUGCAUUCUGCCCAUUAUAAGUCUGUAGAUGAAUACCUUAAAACAUGGUUACCAUUACAGCAAAUGGAAAACACGACGUUAGCCGCAAGAGAAGAUUCGGUUACAAUAAAUGAUCUUCCGGUAACAUUCUAUGAAAACGAUGGAUCAUUUAUAUUGCAAAAGAAUUUCUGUGAUACAAGAAACAUUCUCUAUAAUAUGAAAUCAUUGGACUAUCUUUUGUACAACGACAACGAUGAUAAAUCAAGAGAUGCACAAAAAUACGUCCCAUGCCUAGAUUACUUGUGUAUCAAAUGCCCGUAUCCAUCUACCUACAAAAUCUGCGGGGGCAUUCCUGAAACAAAACGAAUUUGGCUUGUGCACGGUAAUGUUGAGGAGAUUGAGAGUACAAAGGAGACAAUCCAGGUUCAUUUUAAGCUUCAUAGCACAAGCCCGAGACCACCACCAAACUUGCUGACUAGUUCCAAUUCUCAGACUUGCAGUGUUGAAAUCCUCACAAAACCCGAGUCUGACAGAAGAACAGCUGCAGCCAUGUUGUGUCUAGCAAAAGCAAAGGAUGUAGCGAGAGCAGCUGCCCUCGGACAAAAGAUCAAACCUCUAGGCAAAAGCUACUUAGAAUUAGCGAAGGAUAUGGAAACAGAGGUGAACGUGAAGGGCCUGGCAAUCAACAAUCCAAAGCAACGUCUUGCAAUACGCACAGCCCUUUGUAAUAGACUCACGUUCAUUCAAGGACCCCCAGGUAAUUACAAAUUUUAA